AUGAUGAUCGUCUCGCUCCCAUACCGUGCCAUCGAGUUGCUGAUGGGCGACAGGCACUACGGCCCUGGUUUGGAUAUUUGGUCCGUCGGCUGCAUCUUGGCAGAGAUUCUCCUGUGCCAAACUGGCCGGCGGCAGCCCUUUUUUGGGGGGGAUCCGGAAAAUCCCAGCAAGACCGUCCUGGCCUAUGUCGAAGAGAUUUUCUACAUCAUGGGCAAACCCACAGAUGAGACGUGGCCAGGACUCUGUAAACUACCGAACUACCGAACCUACGUGUCUGGCAAGAUUUCCAGCGCCAAAGCGCACAAAGAGCAGGGAGAUGAACGCGGCUUCCUCCGGCGCUUCUUCCGCAACGGAAUUGGCAAGCCCGCCGACUCCAAGUAUUGCCUGACAGAAAGCUUCUUCGAGAUGCUGGGCGGUUUGCUCUCGCUUUGCCCAAAGCAUCGCGUGACGGCGGCGGAGGCCCUGCAGCACCCGUUCUUCACCAAGGAAAAGCCGGUGCCAGAAUGGCACGCUUGGCAUUGGGCGUUGGCCAGCGCCGACAUCCCCCGGGGGGAUGAAGCCCGGAAGAAGAACAACGACGAGGACGAGGCUCGGAAGCUGCUCAAGCAGCUCAGCAAAGAGGACGUCGGUACAGAGGAAGCUGGUGACAAGACAAACGGUGGCAAGGCGAAAGCAGUGUUGGAGAAGUGGCGAGAGCAGGCGGAGAAGCGACAGCAGCAGGAAAUCAAGCGCACGAACUCGAUGAAGUCAGCAAAGGCUCCCGAGGAACUCCCUGCGGGCUGGACGAAGCAUUGGUCAAGUUCGAAGCAGCGGUUCUACUAUCAUGACGGCAAGACAGGCAAAAACAGCUGGUCCUUCCCGUCGAAAAGCUGA